AUGGGAUGCUGUUUGGAGAUCUGGAAGAACUGGCAAAUAAAGCAUCCAAAUACUAGGAGCUGCUUAGGGAAGAACAACAGAAGAGGAACUCCUCCAAAGGCACAAUCAAAAGAAGAAGCAGAGGGCUCGAAGGAAAGAGAAAUUGCAAUAGCAGAGAUGGCAAAAUUGAAACAUCCCAUCAGUUGCAAGGCUCUUACAAAGCCACCAAAGGAUCAGAAGCCGCCACCAUUCACAGGAGGGUUUGUUCCAAACAAGCCAACCUAG